CGCUUUGGUCACACUGAUUGUCAUACUUUUGGUAUCGAACGACGAGAUGGCUUUCGGUGACUAUCCAGCUGAAUACAACCCAAAGGUGCACGGGCCCUAUGACCCGGCCCGCUUCUACGGCAAAGCCGAUGUGCCCUUCGGCCAGGUCAAGUUGGGCGAGAUCGGUGCCUGGCUGGGACGCCGCAACAAGACCCCCAACGCUGUGGCCGGAGCCGUGAGCCGUGCCUGGUGGCGCUGGCAGCACAAGUACGUGUUCCCCAAGCGCGCCGGGAUCGCUCCCUUCUUCCAGCUGACCGUCGCCAGCAUGACGUUCUUCUACAUGAUUAACUACACCAAGUUGAAGCACCACAGGAACUACAAGUACCACUAAGCGGCGGCUCCGUUCCCGGUGGUCCGGCAUCUAAACUGGAUCUACACUUUCCACACACACACACACAUACUGCGUGCGAGAGGCGGGCAACCGGAUUACCACCAUAUAAUAACUAUAUUUGGCUUUUGUGUUUUGAAAACUGCUUAAGUGAAUAAAACGGCUGCGAAUAGGA